GAACAGGGGAAUUUUCUAUUUUAAAUUAAAAGAUUAUUUUUAUAUCAGCCUCGGCCUGUUCGCACUUUCAGCACGAUCGGAUGAGGUUGACUUUGACCCGAUUUCAGUACGUGUAGCAGUAGCUUAAGGUACAGUACAUAUGGACGUCAAGGCUUGUCACUUGUCAUCGGCAUUGACUCGACUGAGGGACACACGGUUUUCUAGUCUAACAAUGAAAGCGAAAUUCUUUACCCUGCCCUCGUCAUCCUCGCUCUUCUUUAUGCUGCGUUGAUAAUGCUCGAUGAAACUUAUCACAGACAUAUUUACACGUCGAUGUUAGUGCAAAAUAACAUGCAAAAAGGUGGAGAGGAGGUUCUUGCUCGCGAAACUCGCAAAAUUAGCCGAGCUGCAGGAUGUUGACGGCUUGCGGCUGGGUGUUGAGGAGGGAGACUCAGCUGUCGACACUGACACCAACCAAAGUUUUUUAUGUCUGCAUCUUAAAAAUUUAUAUUAUAUCACCAAAUAGAAGUUUUUUCCAUUAAAUUUAUAUUUAAAUAGUUAUAUUAAACAUAUAUAAUGUAUUUAAUUUGAAAAAUUGAUAUAAUUAGUUUUUCUAAUGGCGUGAUUACUUUAUAAUGUUGGCUAAAUGAAAGAUCACGUCCCGGAAAAUUCAAAUUAUAAAAAAAUAUGGCUCCGCCCCCGUCUGGAUGUAUGUUCUGAUUAGCAACAACUUUCUUCUACUCAAGGCGAGUCAGACCGCUCUUCGAACGGUAUCUCAACACGCACGCAACUUUUACUUUGAAAGACUCAAAAUGUUCAGCAAAGAAAAUCUUAUCAAUGCUGCUGCACAGGGAGAAAAGUAUGUAAACUCGAAUUCAUUCAAGUUUACAAUCCAGUAUGGAACAGCCGGUUUCCGCGAGCGAGCUGAGAAACUACCCCACGUCUUGUACCGUAUGGGGUUGUUAGCCGCCUUGAGAGCGUCAGUUAAAAGGGCGGCUGUUGGAGUCAUGAUCACCGCUUCUCACAACCCGGAGGAAGACAAUGGAGUCAAAUUGUGUGAUCCUCAGGGCGAGAUGCUGGAGCCGGAAUGGGAAGUAAUAGCCACAGAAAUUGCCAAUGCCAAAAACCAAACUGAACUGGUCGAAUUGCUGACUGCGGUGGUAUCUCGAAACUCAUUAGAAGACGCAGCCCAGAGUCCAUUUGUCUUUGUCGGACGGGACACCAGAUCCAGCAGUCCAUCUCUAGCAGAUGCAGCUAUUGAAGGAGCCAAAAUUCUUGGCGCCGAGGUCAAAGAUAUUGGGAUCGUGUCCACACCAAUUCUGCACUUUGUGGUUGCCAGCAGAAAUGCUUCCGGAGAAUUGGGCAAGCCCACUGAAGAGGGAUAUUUCUAUCGAAUCACCAGCGCCUUCGAGAGGCUCAAAGAGAUGGAAAACUUGCCCAGAGACAACGGCAACUACAAAUCAGAGUUGAACUUUGACGGAGCAAACGGUGUUGGCGCUCAGAAGAUGGCCAAGUUUAACGAAAUGUUGAAACAAUGGCUUAAUGUGACCAUGUACAAUACUGGGGAGGGCAGACUGAAUUUCAGCUGUGGUGCUGACUUUGUCAAGGUUAGGCAAUGCAUUCCAGAAGGCGUAAAACUCUUUGUAGACAAACGUGGAGUGUCCGUGGACGGCGACGCUGAUCGCAUCGUCUACUUCUACACCGACAGCUCCAAUCAAUUUCAUCUACUGGACGGAGACAAAAUUGCCACUUUGGUAGCAGGACACUUGAUGGAUUUGGUAGCGGCGUCCAAACUGAAACUUAAUCUUGGCCUUGUGCAGACAGCUUAUGCCAACGGAAGCUCCACAGAAUAUAUUUCCAAGACGCUGAAGGUGCCAGUGGCUUGUGUGCCAACUGGAGUAAAGCACCUCCACCACAAGGCCCUCGAGUUUGACAUCGGUGUUUACUUUGAAGCCAAUGGCCACGGCACAGUCAUCUACAGCCAAAAAUCAACCAAUCUCAUCAAACAAGCCGUCGAGGACACCAACCUCGGAGAGACGGAGAAUAAAGCGGCACAGAAGCUGCUUCUUUUUGGCGAGCUGAUCAACCAAACUGUCGGAGACGCGCUGUCGGACUUGCUUCUAGUUGAGACCAUCCUGCAUGCCAAGGGGUGGAGCAUUGCCGACUGGGACACGGCGUACACUGACCUGCCGAGCAGACAGCUCAAGGUCACUGUCAAGGACAGAAAUGUGGUUACAACCACUGAUGCAGAGCGAAAAUGCGUUUUGCCAGAAAAACUGCAGGACAAAAUUGACGCCACCGUGGCGUUGUACGAAAAGGGCAGGGCCUUUGUUCGGCCUUCAGGGACUGAAGAUGUUGUGAGAGUCUAUGCUGAAGCCUCGUCAAAGUCACAAGCUGACUGCCUGGCUGACGAGGUCGCCAGGGCCGUCUAUGAUCUGGCAGGUGGUACUGGAGGGCGGCCAUAAAGAGAUGAAGACUAUUUGUUUUGGCAAUUGCAUUUAACUGUUAUUUCAAUAAAAGGUGAUAUGGAGUUAUAUAUUUAUACGGAAUUAAAGAGUUUGUUUA